AUGUCACAAACAGACGUGGUCCAGACGGACUCUAUACACGAGGAAGAUCCUCACAACGAGCCUCCUAAGAAACAAAAGAGCCGACGCCCAGCCAACACCGCCUUUAGACAACAACGGCUGAAAGCAUGGCAACCGAUCCUUACUCCCAAGACGGUGCUUCCCAUCUUCUUCGCAAUCGGUAUCAUCUUUGCUCCGAUCGGUGGACUGUUGUUAUGGGCGAGUGCGAGCGUUCAAGAGUUGGUGAUUGACUACACCGAUUGCAAUACCACUGCAACGACCUCAUUUACGGCGAUUCCCGAGAGCAAAGUCUCAGCUUCGUUUAAAUCAUCAAAUUCCACUGCCAGACCCCAAUGGAGAAGGACGGUGAACACUACUCAUCCUCCCUACAGCGUCGAGUUACGAAAUACGCCAGUUUGUACGCUGCAGUUCUCGAUUCCGAAUGACAUUGGUCCACCUGUCUACCUGUAUUACCGAUUGACCAACUUCUACCAAAACCAUCGAAGAUACGUCAAGUCGCUUGAUACCGAUCAACUGAAGGGGAACUUCCUGAGCAAUCACACGGUCGACAGUAGUUCAUGCAAUCCUUUGAAAUUGGAUCACAAUGGAAAAGCAUACUACCCUUGUGGGUUGAUUGCCAACUCAAUAUUCAACGACACGCUCAAUUCCCCCGUGGCAGUCAGUACUUCCGGUGGACAGGAGAGUCAGCAAUACCGCAUGACAAACGAAGGCAUUGCCUGGAGUACAGAUGCGUCUUUAUACAAGAAAACCAAGUACAAGAAUUACGAAGUGUCCCCGCCACCUAAUUGGGCUCUCCGUUACCCGGAUGGAUACACAGAUGCAAAUCCAAUCCCAGAUUUAUCCCAGUACGAAGAAUUCCAGGUUUGGAUGAGAACCGCAGGAUUGCCUACUUUUAGCAAGUUGGCGUUGCGCAAUGACAACGAAACCAUGACUGCAGGCACUUAUCAGAUGGAUAUCUAUGAUUUCUUCCCUGUCUCCAUCUACUCUGGAAAGAAGAGCAUUCUGCUGUCAACUAGGUCGGUUGUUGGUGGAAAAAACAGCUUCUUGGGCAUUGCCUAUGUGGUGGUUGGUGGUCUCUGCAUUGUCCUGGGAGCGUUAUUUACUGUCGCACAUUUGAUCAAGCCAAGAAAACUCGGUGAUCACACUUACUUGAGUUGGAAUAAUGACGGUACUUCAACUGGAAUGUCGACAGGCCGAGAGACGAGACCUGGAGGUGCCUAG